GGGGUGAAGACGUCAUGACGCUGAAAUGCGGAUCUGGUUGAGCCGCAGGGACUCACUUCUGUCAGCCUCUGCUCCUGGACUUCCUUGUAGGAAGGAAAAGACCCUGAAAGUCCUAUCCCUUGACUGGAACAGGAAGCUGAUUUGAGAUGGAGAAGAAUCGGGAGAAGAAUCCUUUCAAUGCAGUUUGUUUUGGUAAAUAGAGAAGGAGUCCUGAAGUCUGGGUGAGCUGCUGAGAUGGAGGAGGCGUACACUCAGCUGUACCAGGAGUUCCUUCGUCUCAGGUCACUUUGCCUGAAGCAGGCGGCUCUUUUACAUCAACUCACCACAGCCCUGCAGAAGCAACAAGGUGCAUCUGUUCCAAAUGGAGAGUUGAGCGAUACCAUGUCCAUCCCUGUGCAGUGCACUCCAGAAAUCCCCACUUGCCUCCUGGAAAAGCCUUUACCAUUGGCAGCCGCUGCACACAACCCUGCAGCACAGUGUGGUGUUCAAUGCCCAUCUAAAAAUGUGGGAACUUUCUCUGAUCUCCUGGCUCAAGACAUGUUUAAGCUCUGUGUAGACGUGCAUGGAAAAGAUGAUCGAAAGCCAGAUCCAAACCCCUCAUCUUUGUUAUUCCAAGAUGCUGCAAAGAUACAGGGAGCUUCUCAGAAUGUCUCGAAACAUCCGAAACCCAGAGAUCACAGAGCUGGAGACAGGAGGCUGCACACAGUACAGACACCUUUGGCAGGUUGUCUGUCCCCACACGGUGAUUUCCUGGGCCAGUCGGACGCCUUGUUGAUGUCAGACAUCGCGCUGCAGUCUCAUGUUUGUGAGUUCUGCCAAGCAGUUUUCCCCGGAGACACAACCACCAGAGGAGAAUUCUUAAGGCAUCUCUACACCCACAUUACCUAAAGGAAAACGAAUCCUCUCUGCUGCCUGAUGAUAUGUUUUUUAUAUGGUAACAUCUGAUGAAGCAGGUUUGAUUUAUUUCAUCUAAAGCAGAGUUGAAACCGAUCUGUUCAGCUGUUUGAUGGAUGAACUGUGCAAUAGCUGAUGCCGGCAUGUCUGACAUGUAAAGUGCAUGUUGGAAAUAGACUUCAUAUAAAGCUGUUAGGAUAGUGGGCGCUGAUUGUAAAUGGACAGUUUCUCAGUCACAUCUGCAUUACUUCCACACGGCCAUGCAAUAACUUUGGUUUUAUUUUUGUGCAGGUUUCUCUGACGUGUAUGUGCCAAAAAGCAAAAACAGAUAUUAAUAUAAUUUGUGGACAGGUGAG